AUGAUUACUAGAGUACGACCUUGUUAUAACACCACCAGAACUACGAUUCGAACAUUUUUCGGUUCUUCAAAACCACAAUCAUAUGAACUUUCCAAGAUCUUACAUGGAUCACCAGAACAAGUUUAUAACAUUGUUAGUCAAGUUGAUAAAUAUAAACAAUUUGUUCCAUUUGUUGAAGAAUCAUUUAUCUCAGAUAAAGAACAAGAAACAAAUAUACCUACAAAAGCAGGAUUAGUUGUUGGAUGGAAAGAUAUUGUUGAAAGAUUUGAAUGUGAUUUAAAAUGUAUUAAAAAUUGUAAAGUUAAUGCUAAAAGUAUUCAAUUAGAUCUUUUUGAAAAUUUAGAAACUGAAUGGAAUUUUAAAGAAUUUAGUAAAGAUAAAUGUCAAGUUGAUUUUAAAUUAUUAUAUAAAUUUAAAAAUCCACUUUAUGAUAAAGUAAGUUUUAUGUUUGCUCCACAAGUAACAGAAAUCAUGAUUGGUGCUUUUGAAAAAAGGUUGAAAAAAUUAAGAAUCGAAGAAAACAUGCAUAAGAAACAUAUGAAAAGUAAAUUGUAA